CUCAUAUUUUCUUUUGAUUCUAUAGGAUGUAGAUGAUUUCUUUGAGCAUGAACGAACUUUCCUUUUAGAAUAUCAUAACCGAGUUAAGGAUGCGUCUGCUAAGUCUGAUAGGAUGACAAGAUCCCACAAAAGUGCUGCAGAUGAUUACAAUAGAAUUGGUUCUUCAUUAUAUGCUUUAGGAACUCAGGAUUCUACAGAUAUAUGCAAGUUUUUCCUCAAAGUUUCAGAACUGUUUGAUAAAACUAGAAAAAUAGAAGCAAGAGUAUCUGCUGAUGAAGACCUCAAACUUUCUGACCUUUUGAAAUAUUACUUAAGAGAAUCUCAAGCGGCUAAGGAUCUCCUCUACCGAAGAUCUCGAUCACUAGUGGAUUAUGAAAAUGCUAACAAAGCACUGGAUAAAGCAAGAGCGAAAAAUAAAGAUGUUCUACAGGCUGAAACUUCCCAACAAUUAUGUUGUCAGAAGUUUGAAAAAAUAUCUGAAUCUGCAAAACAAGAACUUAUAGAUUUUAAGACAAGAAGAGUUGCUGCAUUUAGAAAAAAUUUAGUGGAACUUGCAGAAUUAGAACUGAAGCAUGCAAAGGGUAACCUCCAGUUACUGCAGAACUGCCUGGCAGUGUUAAAUGGAGACACAUAAGCCACAUUCUACUUCCUAUUAAAAAGGGCUGCCUUCCUUUAAAUCUUAUUUUUGUUUUCUUAAUGAUGUUAAAGCAUUUAUGCUCACUGAAAACAAAACAGCUGACAAAGUGCAUCUACUCUUCUUUUUCUGAGAAAUAGUGGAGCAGCGCUGUGUACCCGCAAUGCCCAUCUGUGUGAUGUGAGGCUGCACUCUGCUCCUCUAGACGGUGGUCUGUCACCGUGCAGUCGUCCUACUCAGAAGCCCAAAGUUUGGUCUUUAUUUUUAAGUAGCCUCUAUAACUGUGUUUACUUUAUAAAUAGUAUUCCUUAUGGCUGCCAAUCUUAUUUACCUUUAAAUAAUUUCUGAAGUUUAACCUUUUUAAAAUACAUUGUUCAAACGAGAUAAAGAUUGCCUUUCUGAAUUUUUUUUAAAUUUCAUUUUUAAAAAGCAUUGUAUACUUUAUUUCAUUCAUUCUUGUAAAGCAUCUUAAUCAAACUUACGUUUAAUUAAUCAACAUAAAAGGUUUGGGCCAGACUUUAUGUAAUCUUUAGAAGUAUGAUCUCUGAAGAAAAGCAAAUGCAUUUGUAUGUUUGCCUUAAACUUGUAGACUAAACCAAUUAUUGUAAAAUAACCAGCGAUAACAGUUAUCGUUUUUAACUUUGUGGUCAUGGUAUCACUCUAAAAUUUUGGAGUAGUUCUAAUAAAUCUACUCCGGUAUUAUGCUUUACAGUGCAGGUCUUGAUUUCUCCUUUUCUCCCCUAUUUCUUUUAAAAUGGCAUAUUGAACCAGGUUCACUAAUCCCUUUAGAAAAGAAUGAACUGCUCACCCAUGUGCACUUCAUAGGUGGAACUGGGCAAAGACAGGAGAGGAGCAGCAUGCAGCAUGCAGUCUGUUUUUCUGGAUUCCGUCCCUAACUCAGCCAGUUAACCAUGAGAUGUAUGCUAUUGAGCCACUUGGUAGUUAUGCCAGUAUAUAGACUGAUGUGUAGAAGGGGAAAAGUCUGCUAUAAGGACAGUUGUUGCGUGUGAAGAAAAGGGACUAUUUGGGAUGAAAGUUGGUGUGCAUAUAGGAUACUAAUUGUGAGUAGUUACAUUACAAAUAAUAUUGGCCUUUCUAAUGUGAAUGAACAUUAUUGUCAUUUCUACUUUAAAGUUAGAUUGAGUGGUUGGACUUUUCCACUGUCUUUUUCUAACUUCAGGCAUUUGAGCUGGUCACCCCUUGAAUGGGUUCCUGAUUUGUUUACAUUUUCCCAAAUGGUUCUGAAGAUUGCCUGGUCACCUGGUCUCUGUCUUAUUGCCAGUCACGAUUCCAGCCUUUCUCAGCAGCAUGUUCUCUUGCCUCACUCAUGUACCGGUUAAUGUUUUGUCUUUUUAAUUGACAUGUUCCCCAAUGCCAUUUGAACUGUUGGUUUUUCUGUUGUUGGCUGAGAGAGCUAUGUACUUUGUCCUUCAUGUAACCUUCAUUGGUAAGAAUAUGCCCAUGCAGUUUCCACCAGUGGUGGGAUGUUGGGACCUAGCUUCUGGAUUCAGCUGUAGUCCUUCUCCAGAAGCCCUGUGGUCUCAAGCAAGUUUGAGCAGGUUGCUAGACGUCUGCCUCUGUUCUCUACUAUAAAGGACAUAUUGACCUACCUCACAGGGGUGUUGUGAGGAUUAAUAAAUGUUGGUACCUUA